UGUAGCGCUCUGCCCAGAGUUAAAGAUGCAGUCCGCCCAGAGCGAAUGGAUGGCGAUGUUUCUGCUGUUGUUUGUGGCAGUCACAAUGGAAACGGGAGGAGCCGUGCCCACGGAGAAGCGUUUAUGUUUUAGACCAUGGAGCCCGUGCUACCUUAAGGUUAUCAGAUGCCCAAAGGAGUGCCCAUACACAAAACCAAAACACCCGAACGCCAAAGCUUGUUACCUGAACUGCUACUCCCCCAAAUGUGAAGCUGUGUGCCACGGUGAGCAUGGCCUCUUCAACAGAAAUUUCUCUAAGAUACUGACUUUGGAGAGGACUGGAACCAGAAACAGCAUCAGGGUCAUGCUUGAGGGGAUUGUAGAGGCCAUGCUCAAUGUGGUUCCGGUUACCAAGGAAGAUGAUGAGAUACACAACUAUCAGAUACCAUCAGAUGAUUCCUUUGCGCAUUUCGAGGUGCAGUUCAGAUUCAUUGGGCUCUCCCCUCAAGUGGAAGGAGUUCUGGGAAGAACAUACCGUCCUGACUACGUGAAUACGGCAAAGCGAGGCGUGCCGAUGCCUGUAGUUGGUGGAGAAGACAAAUAUAAGACUUCAUCACUCCUUUCUGCAGACUGCAAGCUGUGUUUGUUUUCUCCCAAGGAAGAUAAUGAGAUCGAGUUGCACAUUCUGCGCUGGAGGUAGAACAUCCCAAAAGGUCAAGUAAAUUUGCAACAGGAGAGCUUCUUUGACAUAAUAAAUUAAGUUCAUAAUGAUAUCCAUAUUGUCUUAAGAUGGGUGAAUCACAUCGAUAGACAUGGGUACUUGCGUAUUAAUAAAAUGGGUGUUUUUUUUUUUGGUAAGAAAAUAAAAUGGUUGUUUACCAUGCAUGUAAUCUAUAAGAAUAUUACUUGGAAGCACAAAAUAAGAGCUUGAU